AUGAUUCGUCAACUAUCCCUCGCGACAGCUCGGAAUACCUUCCUUCGAGCUGCGCCUAGAAGAUUCUUUUCCUCCGACUACUCUGGCUACUAUCACAUUGAAGUCUCGAAUGCUCAUAAUCCAAGCCUGACCCAACUUACUGUCACCGGUCCAGACGUAGAUGGAAUCUUGGCGAGCAUGACCGUAGCGUUAGCCGUUCAAGGUUGCAGUCUUGUCGAGCUUUAUGCUUCCAAAAAUGAGGAUUGCAGUAUAUCUCGAUCUACUGGAACUGAGUCCAACAACAUCAAAGAUGUCUUUUUGGUCGUGGAUCGGACCACAGGUCAGCAAUUCCAGGAUGAUCAGCUCCGUCCAUUGGGAGCAUCCUUGCUAGAAAGUCUCAAGACACCCAUCAAUACGCUCUCGAUGACUGGCGCCAAAGAUUCUGUUGAGAGUAUGGAACAAAAACUGGAUGGAAGUACAGAAGCAACCGAUGCUCGGGAUCAGAUCACUGUACUUCCAAGCACAGAGACUGUGAGCAAAGCUGUCUAA